AUGAGGAUCCAGAGCCUUGCCCUGCUGUCCUGUCUCCUUCUGGUGGCCCGGGAGCUCUUGGUGGAAGGCAAAAAGGACAGAGGCCGGAAGAAGGAGCGUGAUGGAGGACAGAGAAGUCAACCCCAAGCGCGCCUGGCGAAGGGCCGCUUUGUCACCCCAGACCAAAUGCAAUGCAGAUGGAUGGAGGUGAAGGAGGAUGGUGGGGCCAUGCUGAAGGUUGAGUGCCGCCGAGGAGAGAACCAGUUCGGCUGUUUCUUCGCAGGCAACCCCGACUCAUGUCCAGAGUUUUCCAACAAAAAGAGAGUCUACUGGAGACAGAUCGGCCGGUCCCUGGGGAAACUGACAAGCCCCUGUGAGGAGUCCCAGACGGUGCUGAAGACCAGGCUGUGCAAAAAGAACUUUCCGGAAGCCCAUCUCAGGAUGGUGAACUCUACUCUGAUCCAAAAGAAGGUCCCAGAGGGCAGACCGAUGGCCCUCCCCACCACCACCACCCUCCCCAAGCCAACGGUAGCCAUCAAGACCAAAGAAACCAUCCCAGCAGAAACCCAGCGGCCAGCCAUGGGCCCCAAAGACCCCCGUUGUGAGCAGGACCCAGAUGUCCAGUACCAGAGGCAAUUGAUUGAGGACUACUGCGGGGAGUCCUGGGGCUCUUUCUGCAAAUUCUUCCUCAGCAUGAUACAGGAAAAGCCGUGCUUGUGA